AAACCCAUAAACAAAAAUUCCAUUGAUUUGCAAUACCCUAAGAAUCAAUAGAAUGGCUUCUUUCAAUCGCCUUAUCUUAGCAUUAUUCUUCAUGGCCUUGUCAUUCUCAGGCAUGAAUGUUGGUCUAGCUGCUCGGCAUCUUCUGCAACUCCCAUUUCUGCCUACCAUCCCUAAUUUCCCCACAAUACCACUGCCACCAUUGCCAUUCAUCCCAACUACCCCACCGCUUACAACUCCAUCUCUACCAACGCCCCCCGGUACACUCCCUUCUCCUCCAAGCAGUCCCUCAAUCCCACAGCCUGCUCUUCCUCCUGCCCCAACUGUUACUCCGCCUCCAAUUCCUUCAGUCCCCUCAAUUCCUACCAUUCCAUCCAUCCCUUUCACCCCACCUUCUUCAAAGUAGCCCAUGAAAUGGUGCGACAAUAUCAUUACUUCCUAUCAUACUAGACGACCUUCUAGAUCUUUCUUAUCUCACAAGGGAGAUAUUAGAGGCUUUCAAUAAUUUGUUUGGUUUCUUUCAUAUGAGGUCCAUCGUUGUUUGCCCCCUUUUUUCUUCAUCUAUAUCCAAUACUUUGUAUUGUUUAAUGAUAAAAAUGUUGUACUUUCCUUUCUUUGAUAAUAUAUCAUAUUAAUCCUA